AUAUUUGGGUGUUCAUUGUUUAAUGAAAAAAUGGAUAGUAUGUGAAAGUGCUGAACUGGGCCUUCUUUUUUGGAGUAUUUCAAAAUCGAACUCCGUCAAGAACAAAAUCAGAAGUAUCAGUGUUACUGUUUCGUUAACUUCGUACGAGUAUAUUCGAAAAAAGGAAAAAUGUUGCUUCGGCGAUUGCCAUGGAUGGCGGUUUCCGCUUCCGCACCAUUUCCAUUGCAUUUUUCCACUCCCAUCUCAAAACAACUCACCUUUUCCCCUUUAUCCUUCUGCUCCACCUCCGACCUCCAUCUCACUCAACAACCACAAAUACCGGAUUAUGAAACGGAUAAUCGUCGUUCGCAGCUUUUGAAGCCCGGUCUUUAUCUCGUAGGAACACCAAUUGGAAAUCUUGAAGACAUCACCUUCAGAGCUCUUCGUGUGCUAAACUCCGCAGAUAUCAUACUGUCAGAAGACACAAGGCACUCUGGGAAAUUGCUUCAUCACUACAAUAUCAAAACACCCCUGAUGAGUUAUCACAAGUUCAAUGAAGCACAAAGGGAACAGCUUGUGCUCAGGAGGUUGAAACAAGGUGAGAUUGUGGCACUUAUAAGUGACGCUGGAACGCCGGGUAUCAGUGAUCCUGGUAUGGAGUUGGCCAAAUUAUGUGUUAGUGAAAAUGUUCCCGUUGUUCCAAUCCCAGGGCCCUGUGCUUUGGUAUCAGCUCUUUCUGCCUCGGGGUUAUCCACUGAUGAAUUUACAUUUGUUGGUUUUCUUCCAAAACAUUCGGGAUCAAGAAGUAAAAGGCUCACGGCAUCGGCACAGCAAACAGCAACACAAAUAUUUUAUGUUCCUCCUCACAAGCUUUCUCAAUUUCUUGAAGAGGGUUCGUCAAUUUUUGGCGAUACAAGGAGAUGUGUUAUUGCUCGAGAAAUGACCAAGUUUCAUGAAGAGUUUUGGCGUGGUACUCUUGGUGAAGCCAACAAAGUAUUUUCUAUUCGUCAACCAAAGGGAGAACUUACCAUAUUGAUUGAAGGGCAAGCAAAUUCUAAAGUUGAGCCUCCGUCAGACAUCCAACUUGAGAGUGAACUAAGAGAAUUAAUUGAAAAUGGCGAGAGUCUUUCCACGGCUGUCAAAUUGGUUACUGGAAAAACGUCAGUGAGUAGAAAAACUAUUUACUCGCUUGCGUUAAGAAAGUUUGGGAAGCAACUUGAAGUGGAAGGCGAUUCAAGUUAGUGGCAGAUUCUUCCUGGAGGUAAGCCUGAUAUUUCUGCGCUGGUUUUUCAUUUCAUCCAUUCCAACUUCUGUUGGUUAUUGUCCCCUUAAAGCAAAACGCAUUCUGUAAUUAAACAGAGACAGACAUCAUGUAAAACAAUCGAAGUAUUUGUUGCUCAAUCCUUCAACUAGGAUGACAAUGGGCUUCCAUCAAGUGGAAUGGUUUACUAAUGCUGCUGAACAACUACUGAUCUUGAAUGAGUUGGUUGUUGCACUAGCAUUCACACUGUUGCCUUGGCUUCCCAUGGCUCAAAUCUUAAAGGCACACUCGGUUUAUAGGGCAGCAAAUUUGAUUGUACAGACUUUGAUCACUUGGGAUGUUGAAGUAGAUGUAGAAAAAGUGCCCUAGAAUCGUGGCUCAUAUAUUGAUGAGAAUCACAUUUUCAAAUGUCAAAGAUACAUAAUUUUGUUGAAUAUAUUGAUGAAAAAAAACUGAAAGUAUUUUACUUAUUCAAUAUUUAAAUUGGUUGACCAUCA